AUGGGGAAUUUCACUAUGAGCGGGUUUCUGCUGUUGGGAUUUUCUGCCAAGCCUGAGCUAGAACUCAUCCAUGCUUCUCUGUUCCUGGUCUUAUACCUGGUGGCAGUGACUGGCAACAUCCUCAUCAUCACCGUGAUUUCCAUGGACAGUAGUCUGCACUCACCCAUGUAUUUCUUCCUGAAACAUCUCUCCUUCCUGGACCUGUGCUACAUUUCCGUGACGGUGCCAAGGGCCAUCUACAACUCUUUCAUGCACAGUGGCUACAUUUCCCUCGGGGAGUGCAUAGUGCAGUGCUUUGCUUUCAUUCUCUGUGCUGUUGCUGAGAUGUCCAUGCUCACAGCGAUGUCUUAUGACCGCUACGUGGCCAUCUGCCUUCCAUUGCGCUAUGACAUCAUCAUGGACGUCAGCACCUGUGUCCAUGGAGUAGUUGGUGUCUGGAUCAGUGGGGUCAUUUCUGGAACCAUGCAAACAGCUGCCACUUUCUCCAUGCACUUCUGUGGCUCCCAUGUCAUUCACCAGUUCUUCUGUGAUGUUCCCCAGCUCCUGAAACUCUCUUGUUCCAAUGAGUACACCAGCGAGGUUGGGGUCAGUGUCUUCUUGGCUUCUAUGGCCUUUCUUUGUGUCACCUUUAUUGGACUGUCCUACAUUCAGAUCUUCUCCACUGUGCUGAGGAUGCCGUCUGCUGAGGGCAGAGCUAAGGCCUUUUCCACUUGCCUUCCCCACCUCGCUGUUGUCAUUUUAUUUAUUUCAACUAGCGCCUUUGAGUUUCUGAAGCCCCCUUCUGAUUCUCCAAGUGCACUGGACAUUUUUCUCACUGUUAUGUACACCGUUGUGCCCCCAACACUCAACCCAAUGAUCUACAGCUUGCGAAACCAAUCCAUAAAGGCAGCUCUAAGAAAGGUUUUUCAGAGAAAACAAGAUUGA